GGCUGUCUUAAUUCUAAAAUUUAAAAUCGUGGACCCAUAGUUAUGAAACACUGCAUGAAGCGGUGAACUAUGAGGAGCCGGAUCCCAAUGCGGUCUAUCCGGGUCCCCGCCCAACUUUCCACGUGCCUUGCGAUCGAUCAAGGUUGAAUACUUGAAUCCAAUGCCAUUCAUGUAAUGUAAAUCCGGAGUUCCGCAGCUCUGCGCCUGCAGAGCUCUUGCGUGAUCGAGGAGAAGAGGUGGUCGACGCCGCGAGAUCUGAUAGGCGAGAGAGUGUGCUCGUUGAAGUUCAGCUAUGAAUGCUCUCAGCAAUGGCGGAGAAUUUGCAAGAGCUUCGUUAUUUCUCAAAAUCUCCGCACUCCUCUUCACAGCAUUCGCCUUCUUCUACCUCGGAAGGCACUGGUACGAUGGGUACCAACAGCUCAUAUUCUUCACCAACAAACAGACCCCUUUCCUCUCCCCUAAAACCCCCAGCGUUGCCGUUUCUCCAAACAAUCACAAGACAUUCGACCUCUUGUCUCUCACUGUCAACAAUCAAACCCAGGCAGUCUCCGACCAAACCCUACCUUCGAAUCCUCCGUCUAGGGUCAGUUCGCCGCCGCCUCCGCCGCCAGCAAUUCUCGCUCCUCCUCCGGUGCAGCGGUUUGGAGUCGUGGACGAGAACGGGGUGAUGAAAGAUGAGUUUGAGAUCGGGGAGUUUGACCCGGAGUAUGUGGAGAAUUGGAACGUGACGGAGACACAAGUUGAGGAUGGAAUUGGACGUGGGAGGUCCAGGGUUAGGGUUAAGAAGUAUGCGCUGUGUUCGCUGCGCAUGAAAGAGUAUAUUCCCUGCAUGGAUAACUUGGAGGCUAUUCGGAAACUGAAGUCUACGGCGAGAGGGGAGAAGUUUGAACGACAUUGUCCGGAAAAAGGUCAGGGCCUGAAUUGCUUGGUUCCGCCACCCAAGGGUUACAAGGUCCCGAUCCCGUGGCCGAAAAGCAGGGAUGAGGUGUGGUUCAACAAUGUUCCCCAUACACGUCUUGUUGAAGAUAAAGGGGGUCAAAACUGGAUAGCCAAAGUGAAGGAUAAGUUCAAGUUUCCAGGAGGCGGCACACAGUUUAUACAUGGUGCAGAUCAAUACUUAAAUCAGAUUGAACAGAUGGUCCCUGAUAUUACAUUAGGUACCCAUACCCGAGUUGUCUUGGAUGUUGGAUGUGGAGUGGCAAGCUUUGGUGCCUACUUAUUCUCGCGUAAUGUUACUACCUUGUCUAUUGCUCCCAAAGAUGUUCAUGAGAACCAGAUACAAUUUGCUCUUGAGCGAGGUGUUCCUGCAAUGGUGGCAGCUUUUGUAACACGCAGAUUGUUGUAUCCUAGCCAAGCCUUUGAGUUGAUACAUUGUUCAAGAUGUAGAAUCAACUGGACUCGUGAUGAUGGAAUUUUGCUACUUGAGGUCAAUAGGAUGCUGCGAGGAGGAGGAUACUUCGCUUGGGCAGCGCAGCCAGUUUAUAAGCAUGAAGAGAACCUAGAAGAACAGUGGAAAGAGAUGGUUAACCUUACCUCUCGUCUUUGCUGGGAGCUUGUCAAGAAGGAGGGAUAUAUUGCAAUAUGGCAGAAGCCCUUUAACAACAGCUGCUAUUUAAGCCGUGAGGCAGGCACCAAACCUCCUCUUUGUGAUCCAGAUGAUGAUCCAGACAAUGUUUGGUAUGUUGAUCUGAAGGCAUGCAUCUCUCGACUACCUGAUAAUGGGUAUGGAGCAAAUGUUACCACGUGGCCAGCACGCCUGCAAAAUCCACCCGCUAGGCUUCAGAGCAUCCAAAUGGAUGCCUACAUUUCUAGAAAAGAGCUCUUCAAGGCAGAAUCAAAAUACUGGAAUGAGAUUAUUGCCAGUUAUGUUCGUUCUCUACAUUGGAAGAAGAUCAAAAUGAGAAAUGUGAUGGACAUGAGAGCUGGUUUUGGAGGGUUUGCAGCCGCAUUAAUCCAUCAUGGAAUUGAUUGUUGGGUUAUGAAUGUUGUCCCAGUCAGUGGACCCAACACCUUACCUGUUAUUUAUGACCGUGGACUCAUAGGAGUUGUGCAUGACUGGUGUGAACCAUUUGACACCUACCCCAGGACCUACGAUCUAUUGCAUGCAUCUGGCCUCUUCUCUAUUGAGCAAAGAAGAUGCAAUGUAUCUAGCAUCCUGCUUGAGAUGGAUAGAAUGCUGAGACCUGGCGGGCGUGCGUACAUCCGUGAUUCCCUCGCCAUCAUGGAUGAACUUCAAGAGAUUUCCAAGGCCAUGGGUUGGCAUACAGCUCUGCGAGAAACGGCAGAGGGCCCUCACGCAAGUUACAGGGUAAUAACAUGUGAUAAACGACUCUUGCGUGCUUGAAGCAAUAAUGUCUUUGUAGGAAGACUUGUUUUUCCCCCCUCGACAAUGUUUUAACUGUGAAGGGAACAUAGAGGACAGGGACAAGUGAUCUCAAGCCAAAGCUCGUCGUACAGAUCCUUCAUUUACUUUAUUUUAUAUUUUUGUUUCUUUAUUUUUUGGGUGGAGAGAGAAGAGGGAGAGAGAAUUGAUUAAUUUGUGUAGUGCAGCGUAGUGUAUGUCAGCGGCAAAAAACAAUUAGACAUCAAACGCUGAUUGGUUCGUAAUACAGAGGGCCACUUGGUACUUGGUACAAGAUGCGGAGCAAUGGAGAGGGAUUCAACUCAAAUUUGGCAGUUUUUUCUUUCUUGUAUUUUAUACGUGUACGUGACAUUAUAAAAGAUGUCAAGUCUUUCAGUCAUUAACUUCUUAACAUCCGUUGUCAAUUAAUUCACUUACCAUCGGCAGUUA